AUGGUGCCCCGGAACGACCCUGAGGCUGGGCGCCCGCCACUCGCUCCGCGCCUCUUCUCUCGGUUCUCGCAACUAUCAAAACACUCCUUCCUGUCGUACUCAUCCUCAUUUGAAGCCGACGACGAGCGAUCCAGUACCGGCUCGCUGGAAAACUUUGGCAUCAUGAGUCCCGGCCGCAGCAGGAGCAAUAGUGGCAGUGGCAGUAGCAGCUUUGGCGCGCUGCCACCGCGUUAUCCGGGCGACGAUACCCGCCCCACCAGUCCCAAGGAGCUCGCUGGUUGGUAUGCAUAUGCAUUUGCCGCCGAGGUUUAUGUCAUUUGUGGAAUCGCUAGGGAAAAUGGGGUCCUUCUUUCUGACCGGAAAACCCCCUGCGGCUCUAGCUCGGAUAAGAAUGGCGACAACGGCGGACAGUGCAUCGUCUAUGUGCUCGGCAUGGAGAUCAACACGGCGAGCUUUGCUAUGUACACGUUCAGCAUAAGCGUACUGAUUCAGGCGCUCCUCGUUGUCAGCAUCAGCUGCGCCGCCGACCACGGCAACUACCGCAAGAAGCUGCUGCUCGCAUUUGGAUGGAUUGGGAGCAUCGCUGUGAUGCUUUAUAUCUUCGUGUCCAAGAACCUCUAUAUUUUCGGCGCGCUGCUCGCCAUCGUCUCGAACACCUCCUUCGGCGCAUCCUUUGUGCUUCUGAACUCGUUCCUGCCACUUCUCGUUAGGCAUCACCCCGAGAUUAUUGACAAGGAAGCCAACAUUGUUCCGAAUGGCCAGGACGCUCAGGAUCAUGAAGAUCUGGAUGGAGAGACAGCAAUGGCCGACUCGACGGCCGCUUUGCUGCCGCGGGGCUCUUUGGAAGACGGAAACGCUCUCUCCCGGGUGCAGACACGCGAGGAGUUGACUUCGCACGAACUCAACUUGUCGACGCAGGUCUCUGCCAAGGGCAUUGGGAUUGGCUACAUCGCCGGCCUGUUCCUGCAGUGCGUUGCCAUCUUCAUCCUCAUUCAAAUGAAGAACACGACAUGGUCCCAGCGCGUCGUCCUCUUUGUCAUCGGAGCCUGGUGGGCCAUCUUCACCGUCCCAGCCGCCAUGUGGCUCCGUCCCCGACCAGGGCCCCCGUUGCCCGCAUCGUCGCGCCAUACCGGCAUCCGCGCUUUUAUCGCUUACACUUUCUACGCCUGGAAGUCCCUCUUCCGCACCGUGCAGCUUGCCCGCCGUCUCGUCGACAUCAUGCUCUUCCUCGGCGGCUGGUUCCUCCUUUCGGACGCCAUCGCCACCACGUCCUCGACCGCCAUCCUCUUCGCCAAGACCCAGCUACACAUGGAACCAUGGGCACUCGGCAUGAUCAACGUCAUUUCCACCGCGGCCGGUAUCACGGGCGCUUUUUCGUGGUCCUACAUCUCGCGCCGCCUUCACCUGCAGGCCCACCAGACCAUCCUUGCCUGUAUUGCACUCUUCGAAAUCAUCCCGCUCUAUGGCCUGCUCGGCUACCUGCCUUUCGUCAAGAACUGGGGUGUUUUUGGCCUUCAGCAGCCGUGGGAGAUGUACCCGCUGGCCGCCGUCUACGGUUUCGUCUUGGGCGGCCUGAGUGGCUACUGCCGUUCGCUCUACGGCGAGCUGAUCCCGCCCGGAUCUGAGGCGGCCUUCUACGCUCUGUACGCCAUCACUGACAAGGGGUCCAGCGUUUUCGGCCCGGCUAUCGUCGGCGCCAUCAUCGACGCCUCAGGCGAGAUUCGCCCCGCUUUCUGGUUCCUGGCUGCCAUCGUCGGCCUACCCGCUCCGCUGAUCUGGUGUAUCAAUGUCGAGCGGGGCCGCAGCGAGGGGGAGAAGCUGGCCGAGGUUAUCGAGGGCUUUAAGGUGACGCGGAGCCCCGAGAGGGAGAGUGAUGAGGAGAGUCGGGCUAUUUUGGACGUUUAUGAUGAGGAGACGGAUCGGUGA